UUCACAACUUUCUAUAUCCUGAUUAUCCACUUCUGCUGUCCAUAUGUGCAAGCCUGUGUGUUGUUCCAAAAAUAGGUGGCACCACUGUGCAAUGCAACUGCCUCGCUUGUACUGCGACUUUCUUGCACGCUCCCAACGACUAUGGAAAAGUCAUUUAUAGAACCGAUGCACCUCCAUCACUAGCCACUGACACCUUUUCACCGACCCUCGUUUUUUCUGUUAGGGGCCAGGACUUACCAUUGCAUGAGAUUCUAAAUGCUACUUGUGACAACAGCGGCAUGCAGUCCCAGCGUCGUGUUACAUUCCAUCUACCUGAUGGCUCCCAAGAAAGCUGCAGCGACAGUGGCCUUGGAGACCACGAUCCUGUAGGAAGCGGAACUAUGAUCUCACACCCUCUUCCUCUGGUUCAGGCACAGGAUGAAUUCUAUGACCAAGCUUCUCCAGACAAGAGAACUGAAGCUGACGGAAACUCUGACCCAAACUCUGAUGGACCUCUUGGACCUAGAGGAUUAGCAGAAGCUACUGAAAUGUGUACCCAAGAAUGCCUGGUUUUGGGACACUCUGAUAAUUGCUGGAUGCCACCAAGCCUGGGUCCUUUCCAGCAGCCAAAAUCACCUCUGUCCACGUUUGCACCUCAAAAGGAUUGGCUGAAAAAGGACAAAUUGGUUAAUGGACAUACAUUGACAAAAACAUGGAAAGAAGAUAGCAACAAAAACCAGUUCAAUGAUCGAAACCAAUAUGGCAGUACUGAUGGACAAUUCUCAAGCGGAAAUCAUAUGAGUGACAUUCCUUUGGCUAAUUUAAAGUCCUACAAGCAAGUCUCAGGUGCUCUGGAUAGCCCAAUGGAGCAGCAACUAUAAACAUGUGUUUCUUGGACCAAUGACUUUAGCCAAACUAGGUUUGCUAUAAUUGUGUGUUCGAAGCUUCACGUACUGAGUAGACCUCUAGAACUAUGCGACAUAUAACAAAAAUAUGCAUACUUUUGUGUUAGCACCAUUGAUAAUGUGGUGUUCUACUAUAUGUGAAUAAAUAUAUUUCUAGAUUUGUGAUUAUUUUGGUGAAUGGAGUUGAAAACUGUUUUAUCUUCUUUUCUUUGUUUUUUUUUUUCCUUCUUUUUCAAGAUUUAUUUUUACCCUGGACUGCUGCUACCGACUGCAGGAGGCAUCUUGCUGUAAAGAUAUAGGAACAGGGAAAAGACAGAACUCAGUGUGGAUUGUUGUAGUUGAGAAGCAUAUCAAUUAGAUGAAUUGUACUCUUGUUGUUGUCGAUAUGUGCUGGAACAGUUAUACUUGACAUCAUACUUCAAAACAAACCAGCUAAAUCUUUAAUGAUAAAACCUAUCGUGCUAUUAAUAAUGUUAGUGGACACUUGUAUGUCAUUCAGUGUUCAAAUACCUGUAAAUAGAAGCAAGUUACUACUAACAAUUUUGUGUACUUAUAAAGUUCACUUAUAUACUGUAGCAUAAUUUUGUGUCAAGGUUGCAUUCUACAGUAUUUUAUUUUCUGUUUUUCUUCCAGUGUUGAGUGUUUCAGUGUUUUAUGUCUAACAUAUAAUAACUUAAAACACUUGUGUUAAAAUAUAGAAGAUCCUGUUUUAGUGUGGUAGGGAUAUAUGAAGGUCAUUUAGCAAUUAAAUUGUUCUCUAAAGAAGAUAACUUGGCAAUAUGUUACUAUAUCCGGAACUUUAUGCAUUUAUACAUAAUGUCAAAUCUAAAACAAAAUGAAAUAUUUUUAUGAAAUAGAAUUCUAAAUAAGACAUAAUACCCUGCAAUAAAAUGGUUGUGUAGUCCUAAUGUUGUUGAUCUAUUUGCGAAAACAGUUUUAUUGCUAAUAUGGCACCCUUUGUUGUUAGUGUGCUGUAAUAACACAAGUGUUUUUUCUUAGAUCAUUAGUCACAAAAUAUUAAAUGUGUUGUGAUUCCAUAGUAUAAAAGGGCAUUCUCCUAGUAGGCCAAUUUGCAGAAAAGGUUAGAUAUCACUUUAUGUUGUUAAAUAAUGUUUGUUAACAUCAUUGGCCAAUGCCUGGCAGGAAAAAAUAAAAAUAAAUCAUAUCACUGUUUAGCCAAAAGUGAAUUCUGAUGUUCAUAGAAUCUCAGUUGCACGUAGACAUAAAUUGGAACAUUUUAUCAAAGUUUUAGUUAAGGCAUGACAGACAAUUUAAACAAAUAAAUAGCAUGCAAAAUUCCUUACUGAAAAAAAUAUCUUAUGCCACAAUUAAACAUCUAUGAAGAGUUUGUUAAUUGGAUGUUUUUUUGUUUCCUUUUUUUAAGAAAUAUAUUUUGUGUAUAGCAACUCACAAUUUUAUCCACAAUUUAGGCGUGAAAAGGGGAAAGGGUGCAUUGCUUUUUUGCAGUAAUUUGUCAGUUUGUGAGGGGUGUUUGAUGAAUAUGACAGAAUACGUAUCUAACCAGUUAUCCUUGUUACUGCUUUGCCAGUUCAACGUUAUUUACAGUUAUUUAGCUCUUGCAAUAAAUGUUUUAAAACCAA